CAUUUAACUAUACAACACGUAACGUCUCCGUGUCUCUUUAAACUUACUCUUGUUUUUCACGGUGAGAAAAACAUCAAUCUUUCUCACAGAUUCUCUCGAGGUCCUGAAAGAUGGAGGACUCUGCAACCAAUCAGACCAUUCCCCUUCUCACACCAUUUUCAAUGAGAAACUUCAAUCUUUCUCACAGAAUAGUUAUGGCACCGAUGGCGAGAAUGAGAUCAUACGGCAACGUUCCACAACCACACGCCGCCGUGUAUUACUCUCAGAGAGCAACAUCGGGAGGUCUUCUCAUCAGCGAAGCCACCGGAGUUUCCGAAACCGCCAUGGCGUAUCAUGACAUGCCAGGGAUAUGGAGGAAAGAACAAAUCGAAGCAUGGAAGCGCAUCGUUGACGCCGUUCACUCUAACGGCGCCGUCUUCUUCUGUCAGCUCUGGCACGCCGGUCGCGUUUCUCACCGAGAUAAUCAGCCAAAUGGUGAAGCUCCGAUCUCUUCUACGAACAAGCCUCUCGCCGAGGAUUCAUCCAACGAGUACACACCUCCGAGGCGGCUAAGAAUCGACGAGAUCCCGAACGUUGUAAAUGAUUUUCGUAUCGCUGCAAGAAACGCUAUAGAAGCUGGUUUUGACGGAGUGGAGAUCCAUGGAGCACACGGCUACUUGAUCGACCAGUUUAUGAAGGACACUGUCAACGACCGAACUGAUUGUUAUGGUGGAUCUCUAGAGAACCGAUGCAGAUUCUCACUGGAAGUAGUCGAAGCUGUAACGAAAGAGAUCGGAUCUGACCGCGUUGGAGUCAGACUCUCUCCCUUCGCGAACUACAUGGAGUCGGGAGAUACAGAGCCUCAAAAGCUAGGGGUCUACAUGGCUAAGUCUCUGAAUAGAUUCGAGACACUCUACUGCCACAUGGUUGAGCCGAGGAUGAAAACAGCCCGUGAGGUUUUCGAAUGCACUGAGUCGCUUACGCCGAUGAGGAAGGCGUUUGAAGGAACGUUCAUCGUCGCUGGAGGUUAUACAAGGGAAGACGGGAACAAGGCGGUGGCUGAGGGAAGAACUGAUCUGGUGGCGUAUGGGAGACUGUUCUUGGCUAAUCCAGAUUUGCCAAGAAGAUUUCAACUCGAUGCGGCGCUGAAUAACUAUGACAGAACAAGUUUUUAUACUUCUUCUGAUCCUGUCGUGGGUUACACUGAUUACCCUUUUCUCGAGACCGACCCUUAAGGUCUUGUUUUCUUGGUUUACUUUCUAUUUUUCAGUUGCUGUAAUAAUCUUACAAGUUGUUAAAAGCAUACAAUUUUUUUUACAUUAAAGCAAUAGCAAGUUGUUCACAUUA